AUGACUCGUGAAAGCUUUUUUAUUCUCGCCGUUUUGUUCGUCGUCUUUUCCAUUCAGACAACUGAUUUCCAGGAUAACUUAAUAAACGGGUACAGAACUUUAAUAGCCGAUAUACAAGUGAGAACGCAGAAGUCAAGAGAGGAUAUGGACACAUUGGUCUCACAAAUAAAAUUACUCAUGAAGAACGAAGCUGACAAAGCAAUUAAUUAUAUGACAGUAUAUCUCGAACAGAUAUCGUUAUAUUUUCAAGUUAUAAUUCACGAUCGUAAACCGCGCAACGGCACUUAUUGUAAGGAGAGCAUCGUAAAACUGCUGGGUGAGAACCUGCAGCUCGCUGAUGAAAAUGUCACGCUCUGCUUGGCUUUGGGCUAUCAGCGGGUACAGAGAUUGCCAGAGAAACUACAAGUUCACUUCGAAACCUUGGAGAACCUAAAGAAAUAUUCAGCCUCGAAACUGUUCGAAUGUCAAAAGCAACAACAAGUCGGCGGAAAUUGUUCUCAUGAAAGCCAAGACCUGGAAAGGACUGUGUUCCUCUACGAAACGUCACCAUUUCCGGUGGUCAUGGCGGAGAUAGCUAUACACGGUUUCAAAGAAGUGUCCGAUCUUAGCGUGUGCUUAAAAGACAUUAUAUCUCGCAUGAUGACGCAUUCCGUCAAAGUUAUCGGCGACUUCAAUAGAUGUAUUCACAAUAUAGAAAUGCCGAAACUCAAAUAUCUACUGAAGUUUAUGAAGAAGUAUGCUUGA